CCCACGGAAAAGCUCGUCCUCGUGCCGGCGCGUGCCAUGCACCACCAAAAGCCUGUGAUUGGCGGCGUGCGUGCUGCCUACGGGUCACCACCACAAUCAGCACGAUUUUACUGGUUGUUUUGGGUCAGAUGGAAAGCCUUGAGCCGAUUUGUUGACCGGCGCGUGGCUGCACCAUCGGGAUCAAUUGCGAUCCAAGAGAGGCGCGUGCCAAUGUGGCUUGACACCUUCCGGCCUGUUGUCAUGGCGCCUUGCUCAUAACGCAAUUGGCACUCUCGAGCUCAAGUGAAUUUCAUCGUUGCAACUAUGAGCGUCAAGUCCGAUAUUUCAUUCCUGCUGAACCCGCGGUCGUCUGAAGACACGAGCCGAAAUGCGAUGACGCCGCCCACGUCUCCUCCGUCGUUCCAGCGCUUGAUGGCGCUGGCUCAGAGCCCCGAAGCUACAACUACGUCAUCGUCUCUACUUCUUUUAAGCUCGUGCAUUGCGCCGAUGGAGAAAAUGAACGCCAACAUCAAGACGGAAAUACCGCAGUUGUCGCUAGCGGCCUUGUGCGAGGCUAGCAGUGCCAGUAGCUGCAGUAGUGGCGACUCUAGCGACGAGGAACCAGAAAUCCAACAAGCAGUUGUGAUUAAAACUCCAGUCGUCGAAAAGUCCAAACCUAAAGCGAAGACAACGCGGAAACGUGUCCGAAAGAACCGGAAUCCGCCCUGUCAAGUGGAAGAAUGCAAGAACAUCGCGGUAUCUCGAGGCUGCUGCGUGCGUCACGGCGGUGGCUCGCGUUGCAAGAUCGAGGGCUGUCCGAACCGUGCAAAGCUGUACAAACUGUGUUUCCAACACGGUGGUUUCAAGACGUGUGCGACCGAGGGGUGUACGCGCAAGUCCAAGCGUUACGGCCACUGCUGGUCGCACGGAGGCGGUCGUAUCUGUGUGAUCCCCAACUGUGACAAGGUGUCGACGCAGGGCGGACUGUGCUGGGCUCACGGCGGUGGCAACCGAUGCAAACUGGAGGGAUGCACCCGCCGCUCGUACCAAAAGUACGGCUACUACUGCGUCGAUCACGUGUCCUUGAACACGAACAAGUAAAGAGCGAAGAGUAUGAGGUGUUCGGUCAUGUACAAUAGUCAGAUCGUGCAUUAUAAGCUAUUUGAGUGAUUAAAAAUGCAAUAAUUCCUUACAAAAUGCAAA